UUGAAGUCGGUGUGUUCACCUGAAGAGACACGGAGCUGCUGCGAAAAAAAAUUAAAGAAAAGGAAAUUAAUUUUAAUUUUAAUUUUAAUUUCUUGCAGUGUAAACAGCUGCAGCGCUGUUUGUUUGCAGCGCGGCGGUUCUGCGUUUCACGACUUAUUAUCACCAUAAACAGCCAAAAUGUCCCUGCGUUACCACAACAAAGUUGCGAUUGUCACAGGAGGAUCCAAAGGCAUUGGCAGAGGGAUUGUCAAAGUGUUUGUGGAGAAUGGUGCCAAAGUGGUGUUUUGUGCAAGAGGAGGUGCAGUAGGUGAGACUCUGGAGGCUGAGCUUAACAAAGCAGGGCCAGGAUCCUGCAAAUUUGUUGCAUGUGACAUCUCCAAAGAGGAUGAUAUCAAGAGACUCAUCGCUGUGACGGUGGAGCAUUACGGACACAUUGACUGUCUGGUCAACAAUGCAGGGUGGCACCCGCCUCAUAAAUCCACUGACAACACCACAGCGGAGGAGUUCAGAGAGCUGCUGAAUCUGAACCUCGUCAGCUACUUCUUGGCUUCUAAAUAUGCGUUGCCGUACUUGCGACAGCGUCAUGGAAACAUCAUCAAUGUUUCCAGUCUGGUCGGCUCCAUCGGUCAGAAAGAUGCGGCUCCUUAUGUCGCUACCAAGGGGGCGAUCAUUGCCAUGACAAAGGCGAUGGCUGUGGAUGAGAGUCGCUACAAUGUGAGAGUCAACUGCAUCUCUCCGGGCAAUGUGAUGACACCGCUGUGGGAAGAGUUAGCAGGACAGACACCAGAUGCUGCAGCCGCCAUUAAAAUGGGAGAAAACGCUCAGCUGAUGGGUCGUAUGGGGACCGAGGCAGAGUGUGGACUGGCCGCCUUGUAUCUCGCCGCCGACGCCACUUUCUGCACCGGCAUCGACCUGCUGCUCAGCGGAGGAGCCGAGCUGAACUACGGCUUUAAGAGUCAGAUCCCAUCCUGAACGCUCCGGCCUCCAAAUGUGUGUGUGUGGGAUAGUUGAUUUAACAGAGUAAUGAUUAAAAUAACACUUUCCACCACUGGUAUAAUCUAACUAAUAACAUAAAUCAAGUACAA